AUGGCAGGUCCAAGCUUUGACUGGCCCGACGACGGCUUUACUAUCGGUUAUGAAAUCCCCGAGCUUCCGACCUACGACUUCCCUACAGACGGACCGAUUGGCGGACAACCAAGUUCAACCGCCGACCGAGCCGGCUCCGAUGUCGAACAAGCCGAUCAGCCAAGUGGCGAUCUUGCAUUACCUCUUCUUCGACUAACCGAUUGGGACAGCACUAAGCAGUAUGACAAGGACAACCCGGUGUGCAUUCAUUAUGAUUUUCGGUGGAAGGUCUCUCAACGUAGCAAGAUCCGAGCAAGGCAAGUUUGUUCGGAUACGGAUCUUGAUCUCGUUCUGGCUCCAGGCGAUUUCUGGGAGACUACUUUCAGGCCUCGACUUACAGCCCUAUUGGAGGAUGAGCACAAGUUUCCUACGGAUAAGUAUACAUAUGAAGAAGCGAUUGUCGACAUAUCUAUCAAGCAAAGCCGUCAGCAAGGCCUAAAGAAACGAUUCGAAGGCCUAAAAAUCGAUUGGAAUAUCCUACACAGUCAUAUAGAAGGCCUCAGCGUCUUAUUUAGUAAGAGGAGGAAGAUUACUCUUAGCAUCAAGAUUGUUUAUAAGGAAGCCACAGGCGAUGCCACGUCGGCAAAAGGCAAAAAGAAAGGGCAGAGCGCUACUAAGGCUCAAAAGCUUCAGAGAGCCGCCGAUGCCGGUCUUUGGACUCGAGUAUAUAAGCAUCAUCGCUGCAGAGGCAAAUUCUGCAAGCAAGGACCCCACUGCUGGAUUGACGAACGGGGAAACCACCAUAGGCUGCUACCGAGGCACCUAGAAGAGAUUUUUAAUCAUAUCCAGAGAAAUAUGAAGGAAGGAGAGAAAGAGGAGGAGGUUAACAUCAACAUCGAGAUCCCAUCCAAAAUUCUUGGUGACAUACUAAAUGACAGCCGGAAGCGGAAGGCGGAGGACUCCAUCGAUUGUCGUGGCUGCAAAGCUCAUGCCUCGUCAAACGGUAGGCUCCAUGGUAGCGGCGAGACAAGCUUCAGCAGUGACGCUAGGGAGGUUGAGGGUGAUAGGAUGGAUAGACUUGAGGAAUAUUACGACUGGAAUCUGCAACAAGUUAAAGACGAUAAGUGGAGAGAGGCCCUGCAAGUUGCGAAUCAGUUUGCGAUAGACCAGUUUCUCGAACUGAAUUCAAUCUUGAAGCACCCAAAGGUGGCUGCCGAUUUAAUGGUAAAAGGCGGGGUGAAGCCGGGCAUUGCUUUGCAGUUCGUUAGCAACGUUGAAAGGUUUCAGCAGAGACAAAGCCUUGAAGGCCAGAGUUAG